UGGGGGUCUACGUGCGAGCAUAAAACUACCGCCUCUCCUCCACCAGAAGCCACCAACGCCGACAUCCUGACUUGUGACUCAAACCGCCUCUCGUCGCUUACCAAUGGAGAUGGCUCAGAAGGCGACUCAACCCCAGGGCACUGCUCAUGAAGGGAGCCACCCAACCACCGGUGGAUUCAAGCUGGUCAUCUUCGAGCUGGAGAACUUCCAGGGCCGACGCCUCGAGUUCACCACCGAGUGCAAGAACGUGUGCGAGCGCGGCUUCGAGCGCGUGGGCUCCAUCCGUGUGGACACCGGCCCAUGGGUCGCCUACGAGCAGCAGAGCUGCCGCGGGGAGAUGUUCGUGCUGGAGAAGGGCGAGUUCCCACGGUGGGACUCGUGGUCCAACAGCUACCGCAGCGACCGCCUGAUGUCUUUCCGACCCCUCAAAAUGGAAAACCAAGACCACAAGAUCUCGCUGUUCGAGAAUCCCGACUUCACGGGCCGCAAGAUGGAGAUCACGGAGAAUGACGUCCCCAGCCUCUGGGCCUACGGCUUCCAGGACCGCGUGGCCAGCAUCAAGGUGGCCGGCGGGACGUGGGUGGGUUACCAGUACCCCGGUUACCGUGGCUACCAGUUCGUCUUCGAGCGCUGCGAUUUCCGCCACUUCAACGAGUGGGGCGCGCAGCAGCCGCAGAUCCAAUCGGUGCGCCGCGUGCGCGACCAGCAGUGGCAUCCCCGGAGCCGCUUCACCUUCUCCAAGUGACGGCGCCGCCGCGGGCGUGACGACCACGACGAACACGACUACGACCCCAGCUCCCCUAACACCUCGCAGACCGCCCAGACCGAUCCACCCUCCACACCCCCCCCCCCCACCCCGAUCUUGACCUCGUGAGUCCACGUGGAGACGUGCAAAAUUGCACCCAAGUGCAAUGAAUCAUCCAGAGCCACGUGGUUACUCUGUCCUCUCUUCUUGCAUCUCUUCCUCAAGGGUGGGGGGAGUGGGGGGUGGGUGGAGGGGCUUUCUCUGCUCUUCGCGACCCUGCCACCUCUGAGAUGGUUCUCCCUGAACCGUGUGGGCCCUCAUACCUCAACACUUGAUUUUUUUUCCAGGGCCCUCUCCGAUCAUCUCUAGCCUCAUGGGUCCUUAACCCCCCCCGACCCCGACUAUCCACAACCUUCUCUGACUGGAGGGUGGGUCUGCUGGCUGUACUAUUCAUUCAAUAAAUCAAAAACUACUUUAUUCAUUGAA